AUGCAGAAUCCCAUUCCUGCGGAUUCCUGUGGAUUCUGGUCCCAUUCCUGCGGAUUCCUGUGGAUUCCUGCAGAUUCCGGUCCCAUUCCUGCGGAUUCCUGUGGAUUCCUGUGGAUUCCGGCGGAUUCCUGCAGGAAUGGGAGGGGCACUCAACCCCACAAAACGCCUACUCUUAAUUCCGCUAAGAAUAGCAGGCCUCUAAUUCCUGCGGAUGACCCUGUCAUUCAGUCAAGUUCUCCGGCUCAUCCUCACCAAAAUUACAUCAUUGAGAGGGUAGAGCUUGCACAGUCAGCCUAUAUCCAAGUCGAUGGGAAGCUCCAGAAGCUUAGGCACAGACAUAAGCUCACACCAGAUCAGUGGCAAUCAAUGUAUCAUGAUGAUGAGAUUCGAGGUCACCAUAUCCGCAUAGAGCUCUUUACCCACUUAGGACAUGCCACCAAGGUCACGAUUAGAUAUCUUGGCCUUCUCAUUACCUUUGCUGCUUGGGUCGCUCUGUUGUAUGGGAUGAUUCAUGUCCGUGGGACAGGGUGGAAAGUAGUGAUGGGUGUCGUAGCUGCAGUAGUCUGGGACUCUGGGUCCAAUUCUGGAAGUUGCACAAGUUCAACUUUGUGCCGGGCACAACCUGGCAUAUAUUGCCGAUGUUGUGGCCCCAGAUUUUUCAACUAUUUCAACUUUACCGUGAACUUUCACUUCAAGAAUACAACUUUGACUUUGAUUUCUACUCUUUGA